UCGAGGAGCCCGCGCGGCUCCCUUCUUGAGAGGUGAUGGCACUGCCCGGGUUCCAGGUUCGGGGUGUUGUCUCGGAGUCUCCGGCUGCACCCCUGAACCUCGGUCUUUCCCCGUGGAUUUCUAAGGGGCGCGGUGGAGGCCCCCUUUGGAUGUCUGGCUGGCUGUGGCGCCCCGUCCUCUGUCGUCUCCCCCUUCUCGUUCCCCCCUGUCCCCUCCCUGGUGUUGGGAUGCCGGCAGGUGCCUCUCCACCUAGGACAGGUGGCUGGCGGGGUGCCCGAGAGGAGGCGGUUGCCCGGCUGGCCUCUCUCUCUCCCCCCACCCCGGCACAACAAAGCCCCUGCCACCCCGCCUCCAGACAGCUUUACGACGCCACCCAGAUGGGCACCUGUUGGCGGAAGUGCUCCAGUCACUGGGGUGUAGGUUACUGGGACGGGUUAGAGGAUUGGGGUCCCCCUAACUACCCUCCCGGCUGCUCGGUGAAACCUUAUUCCAGGUGUGGACUGGCCUGAUCAACAGGGGGUCCAUUGUUUUGUACCCAGGAUCUUACCUGUACAGGUAACAGGACUGGGUCACCCUUCACCUCCAUGUGGAGACGUAGGUGACAGGCACCAGGCAAGUUAUUAUUCCUGUGUCACCCAGUAGAUAUUUCCGCCACAGACUACCCUCCUUCUGGGACAUUGAGACCAGGGUCCCCUGAGACCCCCAGACUGAGAUCUGUGAGUGGUUAGGUCACCAUUCAGUCCCUGGUCUGUGGCAACUAUGUAACCAGGUUCUGUCUCCUUCUAUACUUGUCCUCUCCCUCCGACCCCUCUGUGCCUGCCCUGUCCCCCUCCGUGUUCCCCCUCAGUCCUGCUGAUGGCCUGCCAGCCUUGCCGUGGAGCUGGGCGUAUCUGGUGUUGCCGGUCACACAAGAGCGAGCCUCGCAGCUGGUCCCUGCUGGAGCAGCUGGGCCUGGCCGGGGCGGACCUGGCGGCCCCCGGGGUGCAGCAGCAACUGGAGCUGGAGCGGGAGCGGCUGCGGCGGGAGAUACGCAAGGAGCUGAAGCUGAAGGAGGGCGCGGAGAACCUGCGCCGCGCCACCACCGACCUGGGCCGCAACCUGGGCCCCGUGGAGCUGGUGCUGCGGGGCUCAGCGCGCCGCCUGGACCUACUGCACCAGCAGUUGCAGGAGCUGCACGCGCACGUGGUGCUGCCGGACCGCGAUGCCCCCCAGUCCCCUGGGGAGGGCGGCCCCAGCUGCUCAGCCACCAACCUGAGCCGUGUGGCGGGGCUGGAGAAGCAGUUGGCCAUCGAGCUCAAAGUCAAGCAGGGGGCCGAAAACAUGAUCCAGACCUACAGCAACGGAAGCACCAAGGACCGAAAGUUGCUGCUGACUGCCCAGCAGAUGCUGCAGGACAGCAAGACCAAGAUUGACAUCAUCCGCAUGCAGCUGCGCCGGGCCCGGCAGGCCGGCCAGCUGGAGAGCCAGGCCACCUCGGACGACGCUCAGGGCGGCCCAGACCUGGGGGCGGUGGAGCUGCGCAUCGAGGAGCUGCGACACCACUUCCGGGUGGAGCACGCGGUGGCUGAGGGCGCCAAGAACGUGCUGCGUCUGCUCAGUGCGGCCAAGACCCCUGACCGGAAGGCGGUCAGUGAGGCCCAGGAGAAACUGACCGAGUCCAACCAGAAGCUGGGUCUGCUGCGGGAGGCGCUGGAGCGGAGGCUCGGGGAGCUGCCUGCCGAUCACCCCAAGGGGCAGCUGCUGCGGGAGGAGCUGGCCGCGGCCUCGUCCUCCGCCUUCAGCGCCCUGCUCAGCGGGCCCUUCCCCUCCACGCACUACAGCACCCUGUGCAAGCCCGCCCCCCUCACAGGGACACUGGAGGUGCGCAUAGUGGGCUGCAGGGACCUCCCAGAGACCAUCCCCUGGAAUCCCUCGCCCUCGGGGGGGACACCUGGGACCCCGGACAGCCGCACCCCUUUCCUGAGUCGCCCAGCCCGUGGCCUUUACAACCGGAGUGGAAGCCUCAGUGGGAGGAGCAGCCUCAAGACAGAAGCUGAGAACACGGGUGAGGUGAGGACAGUGCUCAGGCUGGAUAACAUGGCUGUGGAGCAGACGUCCUGGAAACCCUGUGGCCCCAGCGCUUGGGACCAGAGCUUCACCCUGGAGCUGGAGAGGGCACGGGAGCUGGAGUUGGCUGUAUUCUGGAGGGACCAACGGGGCCUGUGCGCCCUUAAAUUCCUGAAGUUGGAGGAUUUCUUAGACAAUGAGAGGCACGAGGUGCAGCUGGACAUGGAGCCUCAGGGAUGCCUGCUGGCUGAGGUCACCUUCCGCAACCCGAUGAUCGAGAGGAUCCCUCGGCUCCGCAGACAGAAGAAAAUAUUCUCCAAGCAGCAAGGCAAGGCGUUCCAGCGCGCAAGGCAGAUGAAUAUCGAUGUGGCCACGUGGGUGCGGCUGCUGCGAAGGCUCAUCCCCAACACCACGGCCACGGGCACCUUCAGCCCCGGCCCGGCACCCGGCUCCGAGGCCCCGCCUGCGGUGGACAUCUCUAUAGAAAAACUCAACCUCGGAGCUGACCCGGACAGCUCUCCCCAGAAGAGCCCCGCAGGUCCUCUUUCCAGCCCAUCCAGCCUGGGUUCCCCAAUUCAGGAAUCUAAUACCACUUCUGUGCUGCCUUCAGAGACCCAAGAGACCCCAGGCCCCACCCUGUGCAGUCCUCUGAGGAAGUCUCCACUGACCCUCAAGGACUUCAACUUCUUGGCGGUGCUGGGCCGGGGUCACUUUGGGAAGGUGCUGCUCUCUGAGUUCCGAGCCAGCGGAGAGCUGUUUGCCAUCAAAGCCUUGAAGAAAGGGGACAUCGUGGCCCGUGAUGAAGUGGAGAGCCUGAUGUGUGAGAAGCGGAUCCUGGCUGCGGUCACCCAGGCCGGCCACCCCUUCCUUGUCAAUCUCUUCGGCUGUUUCCAGACGCCUGAGCACGUGUGCUUCGUGAUGGAGUACUCAGCCGGCGGCGACCUCAUGCUGCACAUCCACAGCGACGUGUUCUCCGAGCCCCGAGCCGUCUUCUAUUCCGCCUGUGUGGUGCUGGGCUUGCAAUUUCUCCACGAACACAAGAUCGUCUACAGGGACCUGAAGUUGGACAAUCUGCUGCUGGACACCGAGGGCUACGUCAAGAUCGCAGACUUCGGCCUCUGCAAGGAGGGGAUGGGCUACGGGGACCGGACCAGCACCUUCUGUGGGACCCCGGAGUUCCUGGCCCCCGAGGUGCUGACCGACACGUCGUACACGCGCGCCGUGGACUGGUGGGGGCUGGGCGUGCUGCUCUAUGAGAUGCUGGUGGGCGAGUCCCCGUUUCCCGGGGACGACGAGGAGGAGGUGUUUGACAGCAUUGUCAACGACGAGGUCCGCUAUCCCCGUUUCCUGUCUGCAGAAGCAAUCGGCAUCAUGCGGAGGCUGCUGCGGAGAAACCCAGAGCGGAGGUUGGGGUCCAGCGAGCGGGAUGCAGAGGACGUGAAGAAGCAGCCGUUCUUCAGGACCCUGGCUUGGGACGCCCUGCUGGCCCGGCGCCUGCCCCCACCCUUUGUGCCCAAGCUUUCGGGGCGCACAGACGUCAGCAACUUCGACGAGGAGUUCACAGGGGAGGCCCCCACGCUGACCCCACCCCGCGACGCGCGGCCCCUCACGGCCCGCGAGCAGGCGGCCUUCCGGGACUUCGACUUCGUGGCUGGGGGCUGCUAGCCCCCUCCCCUGCCCCGCCCCGCCAGAGCUCUUAGUUUUUAAAAAAGGCUUUUGGGGUUCACCCAUCCGUGCAUCCUCUUGUCUCUUGUGUGCAGAAAUGGGGUGUGAAUGGUGGGGGGAUGCUUGGACCUUAGGGCCGUUGGGCAAGGAACGGGGACUGCAUGGGGAUUCGGCUGGGAAGGGGUGUCCGAGUGGGGUACAGCCUCAGGAAGCUACGAUGAGGGAUGUUGGGGUUCGGGACAGGAGGGCUGGGUGUACAAAGUGUUGGGGCAGCUCAGGAUCACAAUGAUCAGAAUGGUUGCAAGAGUCCAUCAUAGUGACCACAGGGCCAGAAAGCACGCCUAA